AUGGUUACCUCAAAACAAGUGUCUGCUUUAUUCGAACCAUUUCAACUUGGUUCUUCAAAAUUAUCCCAUAGAAUCGCUCUAGCACCAUGUACUAGAAUGAGAGGUGAAGCAGUUGAAGACUUUUUUGUUCCAGGUGAACUCAUGGUUGAGUAUUACUCUCAGCGUGCAACAAAAGGUGGUUUGUUAAUCACAGAAGCCUGUCCAAUCUCUAAGACUGCUGCUGGAUAUCCUGGUGUUGCUGGUAUUUUCAACACUAAACAGAUCCAAGGUUGGAAAAAAGUUACAGGUGCCGUUCACGAGAAAGGUGGUGUUAUCUAUUGUCAAUUAUGGCAUGUUGGAAGAGCUACCUUAGCGCAACUGAUUGGUGGUAUGCAAGCAAUUUCUUCUACCACAACUUCAUUGAAAGGUGGUUCAUUGGCAGCAGGUGUCAACUUUGAGGACUCACCUCCAAGAAUCAUGCUGGAACAGGACUUCAAAGAUGUUACUAGUGACUUUGCUCAAGCUGCUAAAAAUGCAAUUGAGUUGGCAGGUUUUGAUGGUGUUGAAAUUCAUGGUGCGAAUGGUUAUUUAUUGGAUCAAUUUUUACACGAUAAUGUCAACCAAAGAACAGAUGAGUAUGGUGGAACUGUUGAAAAUCGUUGUAAAUUUCCUUUACAAGUUAUUGAAUCAGUGGUUGAGGCAGUUGGUGCUGAUAAAGUUGGUAUUCGUCUUUCACCUUAUAAUUAUUACCAAGAUACCAAAGACUCAAAUCCUAAUGAACACUGGUCAUACUUAUGUCGUGCAAUAUCAUCUCAAAAAUCUCCAAUCAGUUAUGUUCACAUGAUUGAAGCAAGAUUUGAUGAAGUCUUGACAGAAGAAGAUAAAUUGAAAUCUUUGGAGGAACAAUGUUUGAAAAAGGAUACAUUCUCUUUGAAUAGAUUUAGAGAUAUUAUAAAACAGAAAGGUAUUCAUUUUAUUGCAGCUGGUGGAUUUGAUAAAGAUCUGGCUGCCAAGAAGGUUUUAAGUGAUGAAUCUGAUAUUGUUGCGUUCGGUAGAAAUUUCAUUGCCAAUCCUGAUUUGGUUGAAAGGUUCAAAGAGGAUUUGGAGCUAAAUAAGUAUGAUAGAUCAACCUUCUAUGGAGCUGAUCCUCCAAGUAAAGGUUAUGUUGACUAUAAGUUUUAUUCCGCUUAA